AGUAAACCACUUUUUUCUUGUUACACUUGAGUUGCAGCAGUUCAAAUUCAAGACUCUGACACAUAAUAAAUAAAAGUAUGAAAGCAGCAGCCGGCAUUUAAUAUCAUCAAAUCAGGCGAAACGCACGAAAAUGAGGGGAAACCCCCCCCCCAAAUCCAGAUGUCAGGAAAGAAGACAUUUACACCAAAAGAAGGCCUCAGUCGGACGAAAGGCCAAUAUAUAUGCAUUUGUUUUCCUUUUCUGCAUCUGUACCAUUGUUAUUUUAUCUUCUAGUUGGGUAUUUGUGCUGUGUACCUUGAACACGUUUUGGGCAUUUGUGUCAAGCUUUGUGACUAAGGCCUGAUUUGCAAGAAAAUUCCACGUGAGCUGUAAUCGUCUCAAGCGGAACCCUGCUGCCGGUGUUCGGAACAAAUUGCCGACCGAGCGUUACUUGGCAACUAGGGAACCGUGGCAUGUACUAAUCCUCAUCCUUGUACACGCACCUCCCCUCAUGACAAUACAACGAGCAGAUUUGAGCAACAUUCUGGAAUUUGGAGACCUCUUCAUAAUUGUAUUUUCUUUUUUUCUGUUCUUACCUUACUUUGUGAGUGACAUUUCCUAGAAUGGGAAUUGACUCUGGGCUCAAUGCCUCAAAUGACAUACCUUAUGGAGGAAAAAGUUCUUUUUCCCAGCUGGAGCACAACAUAGUGGCCGCAUAUCUCAUAACUGCAGGUACAAACAGCAUCAUCAGUCUGUUGAGCAACAUUGUCGUCCUUCUAAUGUUUGUGACGUUUAAAGAGCUCCGCACUGCUACCAACUUUAUUAUCAUCAACCUGGCAUUUACUGACAUUGGAGUAGCAGGCAUUGGGUACCCCAUGUCAGCUGCCUCUGAUAUCCAUGGAAGCUGGAAAUUUGGCUACACUGGUUGUCAGAUUUAUGCAGCUCUCAACAUUUUCUUUGGCAUGGCUAGCAUCGGCCUGUUGACUGUGGUGGCCAUCGACCGAUACCUCACAAUUUGCAGGCCGGACAUAGGGCAGAAAAUGACAGUGCGUUCGUACAAUCUCCUUAUCCUGGCGGCGUGGCUUAAUGCUUUGUUCUGGUCCAUCAUGCCUAUCGUGGGCUGGGCUGGCUAUGCCCCAGAUCCAACUGGAGCUACAUGCACCAUUAAUUGGCGGCACAAUGACGCAUCCUUCGUUUCUUACACCAUGACGGUGAUUGCUGUCAACUUUGUGCUCCCUCUCUCCGUCAUGUUGUACUGCUAUUACAACGUGUCUGCCACAGUCAGCAGAUACAAAGCGAGCGACCGCCUAGACAAUAUGAAUGUCGAUUGGUCGGAUCAGAUGGAUGUAACAAAGAUGUCUGUCGUGAUGAUCGUAAUGUUCCUUGUGGCCUGGUCUCCGUACUCCGUGGUGUGUCUUUGGGCAUCUUUUGGUGAGCCCAGAACAAUUCCCGCACCCGUGGCGAUCAUCGCGCCUCUCUUUGCCAAGUCCUCCACCUUUUACAAUCCCUGCAUUUAUGUCAUUGCUAACAAAAAGUUCCGAAGAGCCAUCGUUGGCAUGAUCCGCUGUCAAACCAGACAAAGAAUCACCAUCAAUACUCAGGUUCCUAUGACAAGUUCUCAACAACAUCUGGCUCAGUGAGAUGGCUGCUUCAGGACUGCUUCACAACGUAGUAGAGCCGAAAUCCAGUUUAGGGCAUGAAUAGUGAAAUGUAUCAGUGGCACAGGAUGAGUCACUAUCGGUGAUUACUACUGUUGAAAUUAGAGAGCGGGUGUAAACUUGGGACAGACCAGACCAAACCAGACCAGGCAAGCAAGUGUGACAAUGUCAUGAUUAUUUUGGAUGGCACUUGCACUCCAGAGAAACAUGGACCCAUGUCAUUUGUCAUUUUCAUCACUCUCUGGACAUAAAUACAGACAGAGACAAAUACAGACAAAGAACCUGUGAAUUCAAAAUCAUGCUGCAUAAAUGAUGGUCUGAAA